GUACCUGUAUACAUCAAAAUUAAACAAAGGCAUCAUCAAUAUUCACACAAAAACGGGUGUCAAUUUUAAGUAUGCUUUUGUACAUAGUCUUUGUUAAUAUUGUAUUUCUAUUUUUAGUGGAGUUCAAUGUCUUUACAUGUGAAAAAGUAAGCGAACCAGAAACGUUCAAAUAUUUUCAACGCAGUAGGUUUGUUAAAAUUGUGAAUACUUCGAAGUGAAAAUAUUUUUCUAUUUGGAUAUAGGUUACGGAUGAAAUAGGAUAUAAAAAUAUUUUUUGAAACUUCGAAGAUUUUAUCUGCAUCUCGUAAGAUAUCGGAAGCCGCCUGACUUGGCCACAUCGCUCGGAAGUCCGAAGUACUAGAAAAAACCGCCGUCUGCUACCAUAGAUCUAGGUCAUCCUAUAUAUUCUAUAUAAACCACCAUUUUGGAUUGGGAGGUGUCAAUUUUUGAAAUCACUAGGGCGUGAACGGUAUGUUUAUGUAUCUGUACAGUAGCAGACGAUGACCUAACAAUAGGGAGCUGCACCCUGAGUAAAAAUACUGUUCAAGCAGAUCUUAGAAUGAUGUUAUCGUUCAAAUGAGGCCAUUGAUAGAGCAAACAAAUUUAGAAAAACAUUUAGAUUACAUAAAGGAAACGGAAACUGAUUAUAGUAUUAAACAAGAAGAAGUGAGGUUUAUUCAAUCUGGAAUUGAGACUCUGGUACAGAAGUUAUACGAUAUCAUUACCGAGGAAAGCGGAAACAGAAUCGACUGUAAGAAUAAUAAUAUUCUAAAAGUUGGAAGCUUCUAUGAGGGAACGAAAAACAAAUUUCCAAAUGAAUUUGACUUUAUAUUUGUCUUUCAGAAGAAUACACCUAACUGUGUAGAUGUGAGUGAUAAAAUAAAAGAAAAACAUACAGUUUUACGCAAGGACUUAAAGUAUUCUGAAAAUGCAUCACGGACAAUUUGUUUCAGUAAGUUUGUUAAACGCCAGGGUCCGGCAUCGAAGCUGAUGUUUAUAUAUCAGCAAGAUAAGUGUAAGGACACCUGUUUGUAUGUAGAUAUUGUUCCAGCAGUUAAAGAAAUUGACGCUGAACUAGGCGAUUCAGUUGAAACAAUAUGCAAGCUGAAGUCGUUUAGAGAAGAGAUAGUAAAGACGGGAAGCUACCUUUUAGUAGGCAUAAAUACACCUAGAUGGCAUUCAUAUCCUGUUACAUCUUUCACCGAGACAGAAGUACAUUUUAUGAAACAUACAUUGUCUUCAAAACAUGUUACGGUAUACAAACUUCUUAAGUUCUUAAUAGGAGGACAUGGGCACGCAGAGAUUAUGCGCGAGAAAAUACCAGGUGAAGGAUUCUCCUCGUACAUGAUUAAAAUAGCUAUGAUUGAACAUCAUUAUGAAUGUGAAAACACAGACUCGGAAGAUAAAGGCACUUGUGUUUUGACUUUGCUUGAAAAAAUACUGUGUUAUAAACGUGAAAAAAACUACCCAUUACUGACAUCCGAUACUUAUAAAAACAUACAUGGAAAAUCAGAGGAAAUACUAGAAAAAUUAAUAGAAAGUUUGCGAAGCAUGCAAAAUUCUACAAAUAGGUUAAAAUUGAACGGUAAGCUGAAACUGAAACCUGUGGGGAAACAAAGACUAGUGAAAUACAAACGAAUACCCCUUGUGCAAUAUAUCGUGCAGCCUAUUAUAAUGAUAAGUGCUUUGGUUAUGUACGUUUGCAUCAUGUGUUUAUAUGUAUAUAUAAAUUUAUACAAUUGGAACAAAAAAAAUCACUCCAAAGUGGAUCCCUAGCAAAAUUAUAGAUGGAAUGGAUGUAUUUGUGUAAUUGUGAUUAUGCUGUUAUUAACCUGCGACAGAGAGAUUGUUAAAAGGGUAGACAAUGUGUUCCUUUAUAGUAUUUCUUAGAAAAGUGUCCUACCAAUCCGAAUGCGCAUCAUACAAAUCAAAUAACUUUUCAAUGUCAUCCUUUUUUGUUUCACAUUUGUGUUAAUAUUUUUGGCAAUUAUUUCUGGAAUUUCAUUCUCUUGCCUCAUUGUCAGCUAUUAAUUUACCACUUUGUUGCAUGUCAACGUGGCUGGUUUGUAAGCCAAAACUUACGAAAUAGAACAUGUUGUAAAUCUGUACGUCAGGACUUAAGAGUUACAAAAUCAAGGAAUAGCAUCGCAAACAUGAUGAUAUUUGGCUAUACAUCUUACAUUUAAUUGGUGUUGUACAAAUACUACCGUCUGUUUGGGCCUAAUGUAGAGCAGUAAUUGUUGUUUAAGGAACUUGCCUCCAGAUGAAAAUAAGAAACAUUAAAGUUUCAAUCAAUGACACCAAAUCAGUCAAGUUUAAAAGCCGUAGCUAUUAUACUUUAUGACUUACAGUUCUGAAAUCAUUUUCUGUAUCUCAGUUACUGUGACCUUGACCUUUGACCUCCCGAAAUGAUAAAGAUCCUCUUAAAGUAGAAUUAAGUCAUCGAAUAAAAUUUGAAAGCUGUAGCUAGUAUGCUUUUUGACUUAGAGCGAAAUACAAGAACUUAAGUUUUGUCCCUGUGACAUUAACCUUUUACCCACUGACCCCAAAAUCACAAAAAAACUUUCUUUAGUUAUAAUAAUUUACUCUCUUAAAACUGAAAGCCAUUAAUCUAUCCUUACAAACUCCCCGCAGCGAUUACUUUCCCUUACGUUAUAUAAAUAAUGAAUGCAAAGGAAGGUAACCGCUGUGAGAAGUUUUCCAUACUUCAUGACUUGAAGUUUGUAACCAUGUUCAGUCUACAGAUAACAGACCUUGACCUUUGACCUACUAACCCAAAGACAAUAAUGAUCCUUCCCAAGCGGUAUUAUCAUGUAAAGUUUAAAAACUGUAGCUAAUAGUAUACUUUAUAACUUAGAGCCUGGAAACGAAAAACAAAAGAACACCGGAAAUUAAGUCAGUUCCCUUUCACACAGACCCUUUAGCCAGUGACCCAAAAUCAAAAGAGAUUUUCAUUUAGUAGUACUUAUCAAUGUAUUAAGUUGAAAGCUGUCUGAAAACCAUUUUCAGUUUCAAGGUCACUGUGACCUUGACAUUUGACCAAAAACAAUAAUCAAAAUCCUGAUAUGGCGCGAAGUCAUCUUGUUUAGUAUGACAGCUGCAGCUGUUAUGAUUUCUGACUUGAAUAACCGAACACAAAGUCGUUGAUGCAAGAGCGGAUGGACAGACAACGUUGUUACAUGAUACGUCUUUUUUUUCUACUGUAAAACUAGUGGGUGAAAACAGAAUUUCAUAUUUUAAACAGACAACAACGCAUAUCAACUAUUAAAUAAUCUACCACUGUCAGACCAUCAUACAGUAAAAUGGAUAUCAGAUUUAAAUGUGUUGACAAAAGAGUAAAGACAAACUUGUAUGCCUUUGUGUAUUCUUUCGACUAAGUCAAGGGACAUAAGCUUUGUCUUUAUGAGUGAAAUUCCAAACAAAACCGAAGGCUAAUUACUAUACAUGCUUGGUCAAUAUUUCUGGAAAUACCGGGGACACAACCUGUAAGGCCCUAUAUGCAUGGAAUCACAAGUUCUGUUUUCAUCCACUAGUUUUGGAAUAGAAAAAAAAAGAGAUGUAUUAUAGAACUACGUUGUCUGUCCAUAAGGAUUGAUUACAUCUUGUUUUAAACUCGAGUUUUAUGCCUAUAUUGAAGCGUUUCAUUUUUUGUUUGUAAUAUGUUCUUUUCGUAUCCAUGACCAAACUAGACAUUGAUAUCACAAAUACGUUAUUGCAUUGAUCACUUGUACACAUGCUCAAGUCUUAAGUUUAAUCAUACAGAUUUAAACAAAUCUGUAAAAAGAUCCUUUGGAAGCAAAGAAGCAAAGAAUGCAACCAAGAAGAAUAAUAGCAGACUCGGUUUUAUUGAGUCUGUUUAUGAGAGGUAAUGAAAUGUGCAACAGCUCACUUAUCAAUCAGUUAUAUUCAUUAUGUAUAAAUUAUGUACCAGUCAUGUUCAUAAAGAAUAUCUACAAAGUGAGUCAUUAUCAUUCAGUACAUGAUGAUGCCGUUUUCAUUUUGUACAUGAUCAUGUGAUUUUCACUUUGUACCUGAUGAUGCAAUCUUUAUUGUGUACAUGAUGAUGUUCCUGACAGGUUCAUGACAUUUUUGUGUUUUUGCUGAAGCUGUGGUUAAUUAACAUGUGUAUACUUAUAUAUGAAGUGUAAAUAUGUUACAAUGUGAUAUCUAUAUACGAAAUGUGUGACUAAAAUAAAUUGAAUCAGAC